CAUUUUUAACAGUUGCAAUAAGAGUAGACCCUUUUUAGCUUGUAGUAACGAACAUAAAUUCCCGUUUUUUUAAUUUUUUAAAGAGAUUGACGGUGUUUUAUUUAUACUGGAAACGCUUGGAUUGUUUGAUUCAACUACGACACCUCGUUUUCAAUUUUGCAUCUUGCUCAUUUGGAUAAACAUUCAGAAUGUUUAAAGGAGGUGCCUGGAAGAAUACAGAGGAUGAGAUUUUAAAGGCUGCCGUCAGUAAAUAUGGAAAAAACCAGUGGGCUCGAAUUAGUUCUUUACUGGUUCGCAAGACUCCUAAACAAUGUAAGGCUCGCUGGUACGAGUGGAUUGAUCCUAGCAUUAAAAAGACAGAAUGGAGCCGUGAAGAAGAUGAAAAACUAUUGCAUUUAGCCAAGCUGUUGCCAACGCAAUGGCGGACGAUCGCUCCCAUUGUAGGCCGUACUGCUACUCAGUGCCUAGAAAGGUAUCAGAAACUUUUAGACGAUUUGGAAGCUCGGGAAAAUGAAGAACUUGGUCUUACCACUGGAGAGGGUGCGGAAGCUGCUCCUCCCGUCAAUGAUCCAAAUUCCCGGCUUCGCUUUGGAGACGCGGAGCCCAACUUAGAAACCCUUCCAGCCCUACCAGAUGCAAUUGAUAUGGAUGAAGAUGAAAAGGAAAUGCUGAGUGAAGCUCGAGCUCGUCUUGCAAAUACACAAGGAAAAAAGGCUAAGCGUAAGGACCGUGAAAAACAAUUGGAACUUACGAAACGACUUUCUCAAUUACAAAAGCGCCGUGAGUUAAAGGCUGCUGGUGUAAACAUAAAGCUUAACCGAAGGAGGAAGAAUGAAAUGGAUUACAAUGCUUCAAUUCCAUUUGAGAAAAAGCCUGCCAUUGGUUUCUACGAUACUUCUGAAGAAGACCGUAAGAAUUUACGAGAUAAGCAAAAUGAGAAUCAUAAACUUGUGGAACGUGGUUUGAAGAGUAAAGAAACUCUAAAUGAUCGCGGACAUUUUGAGCGACCAAAGCCUGUUGAAAAGGUAAAACGACCCAAUAAUGAUGCUCAUGAUGAGAAAAUGAGACGUUUAGCUGAAGCUGAGCAAAUGAGUAAAAGAAGGAAAUUAAAUUUACCAGCACCACAGGUUAAUGAGGAUGAGCUGGAUAAGGUCGUCAAACUAGGAUUAGCUGGUGACCGCGCUCGUUCCAUGACCGAUACGACACCAGCUGCAGGCCACAGUACUGGAUUGGUAGGUAACUACUCUCAACUCGAGCGAUCCACGCAACUGCGUACUCCUCGUAGCGGUGCUUUAGAAGGCAAAGAAGAUGCACUUCUGAUUGAAGCGAGGAACCAAUUGUUAAAAAAUCGAGAACAGUCAUCACUUUUGGGAGAAGAAAAUACUCCAUUAGAUUCUGGAGGGACUGGAUUUUCUGGUGCUAAACCGGUGCGCUCUGCUGUCAGUACAAAUGGCGAUGGAUUACCUAGCAGCCAGGCCACUCCUUAUCGUACACCACGUGAUACGUUUGCGAUUAAUAGAGCUAAUCAAAAUGCGCAGGCUAUUGCUGACUCGAAAGCUAAAAAAUUAAAGGCGAAGGAAUUAAUGAGUCUGUUUGCCAAACUGCCAAAGCCUAAAGAUGAUUAUGAACUAAUGGAACCUCGAUUUGCUAAUGAAACAGAAGAGUUAUCAGAAGAAAGAAUGGAAGAAGAUGCUGCUGAUCGUGAACGUCGUAUUCAGGAACACUUAGCACAUAUGGAACGAUUAGCGCAAGAGCGCCAAUCGCAAGUGAUACAGAAGGGCCUUCCUAGACCCAACAUUAUUCAACCGUCUUCUUGGAAAAAGGCAUGUAAGAGCGGCUCUUCUGCGGAAAGCCUUGUGUUCCAAGAAUUAUAUGCACUAGUUGCAUCUGACGGUAUCAGCCAUCCUACCAGCAGUAUGAAAAUGAAAGAAAAAGUUAGCAAGGUUGCAGAGAUCUCUAACGAUGAGUUGGACAAGUGCAAGGCGAUGGUCUUGCAAGAACUUGGAUCCUCGCAGGACAAAACAGAUAAAAAUCGGUUUGAUAAAGAAUUUCUGGAAGCUUACGACUCUAUACAUAACACAUCUAAUUUGUUGCCAGGAUUAAUAGUAUAUGAAGAAGAUGACGAAGAUGUCCAAAGUGCUGAAAAAAUCUAUACAUCGAUAGUCCAUAGAAGUCUUGCACAAGAUGCUAUUUCUUGCAAUAGAUUAGAAAGUUUGGUAGGAGAACGUUUACAAAAGUUGUUGGAGAGAUCUAGCUUUUUACUCUCUAAAAUAUCACAUGCACACCAAGCUUUGGAGACGGAAAAACGAAAUCUUUCUUGUUAUGAGAUGCUUUGGAAGCAGGAGUCCGAAAACGCUCCUCAUCGUUUAAAAGUUUUGGAACGGGAAGUGAGUCUCAUUUCACACAUUAAUGCCUAUGCUCAACAAGAGUAUGCAUUGCGGGUACGGAAUCAUUAAAUUAAUCAAAGACUAUAAUGCGCACACGUUAUAUAGCAUGAUGAAUAUAUUUUUAUUAUAAUGCAUCUCAUCGUAUAAAACUCAUUAAUUAAAAGUGGAGCAAUAAAAGGAAAGAAGAAC